GUUGGCAACUUAAAAGUAUUUAAAAAAAAAUUAUCACAUGAUUUUUAGUCAUUUGGACCACUAAACUUCACUAGCAAGUCCCAAACAAGGGGUCCAUUUAUCCCCUCUUUAGGGAAAAAAGCCAACUCUUAUACAUUAUUCAUAUGAACAAAUAAUUUCGUGAUCGAGUAUAAAAACGUUUAUAAUACGUCUCCAAAAUCCCAAAUGAUCAAUUGUAUUGAUUGACUUGCAAAUCUCCUAAUUUAGCUCCAUUUACAACGAAAAUCGUAAAUCCGAUGGAAAAUCGUCAUAUAAAGAGCAAUUCAGGUGAUAAAUUUUCAUUUCCAAUCAUAAUGCCGGUACAGGAAGGACAAGAAAUGGAAUUUGAAUUUUCCGGUAGUGUUUCGCCGGGAUCUCCUAAAUCUCCGGCGGAUCAUUUGUUCUUCAACGGACGGCUAUUGCCGCAUUAUUUCAAGUGUCAACCGGUUAGUAAUAUAAGUAGUCCAAUUUCAUUUUCGCGAUCGACGAGCAGAACAAGUAGUGCAAGCAGCAGAGAUUCGCUCUGGUCCUCGCGCAGCAACAGCACAAAUAGUCGUAGCAGUUGUAGCAGCAGCGCGAGGACCAGCACGAGCGAAUCUACUGAAAGGAAAUUGAUAAAUCAAGGGAAGAAUUCAGCAUUCGCUAUGUAUAGGAAUUCGUCGAAUAAUAUGAAUUCUUCUACUACUCUUCAUACUGGAAUUUCACCAAAGUGGCAGUUUAUUGUGACACCCGCACCAGUUAUGAAGAAAAAACACCAAUUUUCAGCACCAGUUAUGAAGAAAAAGAGCCAAUUUGUUUCUAAAUCUCAGAAACAGAGUGGCAAAGGAGUCAAAGAGAUUAAAUCGAGGAAACAGAGGAAGGAAAAUGGUAAGAGGAAAGUGAGAUUUUGGUUUUUGCGAAGAGUUUUCAGGAAGUUUUUAUCAGCAUGCAGAGAAUAUCACGCAGUGGAACCAACAAGAAGAGAGAGGCUAUCUAGUCGUUGAAAGCUAUGUUGCUCGGAUUCAUCCAAAAUGUGAAUGGAUGGAUGUGUGUCGGAUAUUUCAAAGAUAGUGUAUUUUGAAGAAUUGAGUACGAGCAACGUAGGUUGAAAGAUUGACAUUACUAAUUGAUUGUGUCCUAAUAAUUACUGGGUAAUUGUUGUUAUAUGUGGCUAGUGUGGUGAU